CCUCAAUGUCAACGCGGGUGUUUCUCCUGGUUCCGAAUUUCAUCGUAUCAACGACCACCUUUCCUGUGCGAUCAGUCCGAUCCACACGUUUGCUGUCGCACUCUACAUGCAGGAAUUCAGAGCGACAAGCCGAUCUGGAGCUGGAAGACACAUGGCUAUGGCUAGCAGCGACUUGCUCUGUGACGAGAGACUUGAAGAUAUCAAACAUGAAAAUGAACCUGUAAGCCACUGCCAAUCGAAACUGGGGAAAGGUUAGUCAACCAGUUCUGAUAUAUACAACAAACAAGGAAGAAAAUAUAUUCAAAGGCC